GAAGGGGUGGCACCUCAUUGGCUGCUGGGAAGGUGACCGCUGAGGUGGCCACUGAUAUGGUGCCACGUGUAGUGACCGUUGGAGAGGAGGUCUAUAAAUACCCCUCCCCUUCCGACGCGGUAACCUCAUUUGCAAUCUGUGCCCACGAAGUGCUGCUGAAAUUUCUAGAGAGAGAGUCUCUGAGGUGUUUGUUCAAGUGUUCUUCCGUUUCUUCAAAUAUUCAAAGACUUUGUGAUGGAUCGCCGUUCGAUAAUGGUCAUAGCCAAGGCCAAGGCGGCCGAGGAGCUGGCGGCGAAGGCG